AUGCCGGACGAAGCGGGUCAUAAGAGACAGCGUGUUUCUAAAGCCUGUGAUUCUUGUCGCCGCAAGAAAGUAAAAGUAGGUUACAUCGAAGCUAUUGAGACGCGAUUACAUAGAAUGGAAUCCCUUUUAGGUGGGUUAGUUCAUAGCAAUGAUCCCUUUGCGGAGGCUGUAUUGGCAGAGUUGAUGCAAGAUGACCCGCGUCCUUCUCGUAAAUCUGGAAAUGCGGAAUUUACAUGGAGGAAUGGUUCUUUAUCAAUGCACAGUGAUACAGGACGGUCGGGCAGUAGUGGCGUACAAAGUCCUGAAAAUGUUCAGGCAAAAGAUAAUUCUAACAUUGACGAUUUAAAUGAAGUUAUGGGAAUUCUUAGCAUAGACGAGAACAAACAGGUUCGUUAUCAUGGACGAAGUAGUGGACUUUAUCUCUUAAAGAAUAGUGAACGAUACAAAAAUGGAAUGUUAUCGUUAUCCGAUAAUUCUCCAGAGGAAACUUUAAUUUCUACCCAAAAUCUAGAAUCAUUAAAGCGACCAGAAUUGACGAUAUUGCCUUCCCAAGAAAUAUCCGAACAUUUAUUGGAGAUUUAUUUCACGCACAUCCAUCCUCUAUUACCCAUUAUCUAUAAACCAAUUUUCUUUAAUCGAUUAAAAGAUCAAGAUAAUCCACCACUUCUUCUUUUGAAUGCUAUAUACGCUCUUGCUGCUAGACAUUCUGACAGACCUGAAUUAAGAAAGAAUCUUCAGGAUUCGCAGACGGCCGGUGAUGAAUUCUUUGAUCGUGCCAAGGCAUUGUUAGAUAAUGAUUAUGAUAAAUCUCAUAUAACAACCAUUCAAGCUCUUAUUAUAAUGGCCUUAAGGGACGUUAGAACUGAUAAUACCACGAGAAGUUGGAUUUAUAUCGGUAUGGCUGCAAGAAUGGCACAAGAUUUAGGUAUUCAUCGUAAUAACGAAAAGUGGCAACCGAUCUCGUUAUCACAUGAAGAAAAAGAAGAACAAAAGCGUGCCUUCUGGUCUUGUUUUGUAGUUGAUAGAAUAGCAAGUACACAUAUGGGACGUCCGUUAGGCAUUGAUGAAAAAGAUGUUGAUGCUACGUAUCCAUCAGAAGAGGAAGAUGAUGAGUACGAAUCACUUCCGUUUAAAAUGGCACAUGUAACAACGUCUUCAACGUUGUUAUCGUCAUCCCCCUCCACUAAUAGCAGCAUUAUCGGAUCACCUAUGUCUCCCGCUUCAACGUUAGCUAACAAAGAUGCGCAAAAUAUUGCACAUUCUGUUUCACGGUUUAACCGUUUAAUCAAGCUUUGUGAAAUAAUGGGACGCAUCAUUCAAAAUAUAUAUGCGAUCCGAUGUAAUAUAGCUUCUGCUAACAGUACAGUUAUCUCGGUUCUUGACUCAUCUCUUACGUCUUGGUUCUUAAAUUUACCGCCACAUUUACAAUACCAUCCAUCAUCAAAUCAACCUUUUGACACCACAACACUUAAUCUUCAUGCUUUAUAUUAUUCAACUUUAAUACUUCUUCACCGUCCUUACGCCAACACGAAUAUGAUUAGUAAAAAUUCAUCUCAUAACAUAUGUACUACUGCGGCGAAUGCUAUCACUGAAAUCGCUGAUACAAUGAGGAGGCGAAAACAAUUAAGACAUAGUCCUACUACUGUAAUUUAUUGUACAUUCACAGCUGCUGUUAUUCAUACGUGCAAUGCUGUUCAACCUGAUGUCUCUAUUUCUCAACCAGCAAGGGAGAACCUUGAGAAAGGCCUAAAAAUAUUAGAUGCUUUAAUGGCUAUUUGGCCAUUAACGUACAAAUAUGCUGUUAUACUAACCGAAUUAGCAAACCUGAGGGAUAUACAGUUAGAUGUAGAUAUGGAAACAAAAAUUGAUAGACCAGAAGACGGUUCCACACAGUCACAAAUCUUUAACCCCAUAUCUUCUUUAAAUCCUGCACAGACUUAUGAACGACAUCCUUCUGUAAUGGGUUUUGGUAAUCCUAAUACAAUGUCUUCACAAUCCUCAUCUUCGUAUAAUCAGCCACAAAAUUCGCAGCUACAAUUACAUCAUGAUUUGCAAGAGUCUGCUCAAAUGUUUAAUAAUCCAUUCGGAUAUAGAUAUAUUACCUCUUCAACUACAGAUCAACAAAAUCAACAUACAAUAGGUGGUACUGAUCCAUAUGCCGCACCAGGCGUGGUAUCGACAAACAAUAGAAUAGGAAAUGAAACAAUCAGUUCUUUAAGUUCAGGAUUUUGGCUUUCGUCAAAUACGGAUUUAGAUGAAAGGUCUUCGUAUUUUGGUUCACAACAAAUGCAACAGAGUGCUUCACCAUUCUCUUCGCCACCUACAUUACACUCCCAGCCACAAUCACUGAUGCAGAUGCCGCUGCUGCAUGAUGAUGGAAACGAUGUAAAUAUGUUUGCGGAUAAUCAUACAUUUGUUACUAUGGGAGUAGGUAAUAAUAGAAGGGGAAGCACUUCACCAUUGGCAUAUUAUUGA